AUGAAAUCCUACACCAUUGUUAACUUUGAUUUUACAGGAAAUGAUGGAUUAGUCACAGUAAGGGUUAGACCUAGAGUAUAAAGUUAAGAGAAAAAAUACAUUGCUACUGAGUUUUAGAGGCCCUCUAAAGCAACAGAUCCAAUCUUUUCACACCAAGAUUAAUCGUUAUUAAAAUAGAAAGACACUCUCAUAAAAGUGAAAUAUAGAUGCUCCAAAACAGAAAUCGCUAGUCUGAAAAGGCUUUUAAAAAGAUCAUUUAAUACAAAAGAAUUUUAAGAAUUUUACAAAAUAUAUGGUCCCAAACUAAUAGAAAUCGAUUUUGGAAAUAUAGAAUUAUUUAAUGUGAAAGGAUAAAAUUAGUAUAAUAUAAAAGAAUUAUAACAAUAUGAUAGAGAAAAGCAAUUUAUAAGAUGGGGAAUAAUAUUUUCAAUCGCCCAACUUUCAAAAUUCAUAGAAACCUAAUCAAUUUAAGAUCAAAUUAUAGCUUUACAAUUUUAUAAUUUACUCGUGAGAGAAAGAUUAUUCACUUUGAGAAUCUUGCGAUACUAUAAGGAUGAUAAAAAAAGGAAAUAAUUCCCUUACACAUAUCUGUAUAUUUACGAUUUUGAAGAUUGUGUAGAAUUUAAUGUAUAAUCCUUUUAAGAAUCUUAAUCUGGUUAAAUUAAAGCUUAGAAUAUAUUUCUACCUUUGCUGAAAUAUAAAUUUUUUGAAAAUUAAUAUGAUAAUUUUUAAUUUGAGAACAUUAUUGUCCCUUUUUUUCAAAAUCCUCCUGAUGAUAGUCAGUAAAUUUAAUUAUUUUUUGUCCAUUUCAACAAAAGUGGUUAUAAAUUUAGAGGAGAAAGAGUUGUUUAAUCAGAAAACAUUGACAAAGAAAAAAAAUAUUAAUGCUAUAUAUUUGUAGAUUUUGAUACUACUUAUUAUAAUCAAUAGAGGUUAGUGAAUGGAGUUUAAGAUUUUGCUAAUAUCCACAAUUUUGAGCUUACUUUUAAUGAUAUUCAAUUUGUUAAUCUUAAAAAUUAAGGAAAAUGCUUUUUGGAAGAGUAUGUGGACUACAUUGAAACUGAGUUUUUCUAAUAAUAAAAAGGUUCAACAGAGGACAAAAUGAACUAUAUAUUUAAAUAGUUACCGAAAGAGAUCUCUAAGAAAAGUUUCAAUGAUAUUUUGGAUCCUAGCUUUAUCAUACCCUAAAAUGUUGAGAGUAUAAUGGCAUAGUUCUUUGGAAAUUGA